AUGUCGCGACUCUACUUUUGGCUUCUUCAUAGUUUGCAUCAAACACGAUAUCCCGAUUAUUUUGCUUACGAUUCGUCAGAGGAGACUGUGCUCUAUCCAGACGAGACAGCUCACGAUGGAGAAAACUUUCAACAUGGUGUCAGUUUCGGCAGUUCAGCCAUCCUUCGAAGCAUUCCCUUCAAUACCUACGACUCGAAGAAUCACAUUCGUCGCCAGAGCCUUCUGGGUCGCUACAGACUGGACCCCAACACUGGAGCUCCCCUAAAUCCCAUGGGGAGAACAGGGCUCUUGGGAAAGGGCCUCCUUCCUCACUGGGGCCCCAAUCACUCCAUCGUGAUUGUAGUAACCCAGUGGAGUCGCAAUCCAAAGUCGGGAACCCCUGUGUUGAGGGGAAACAAAGGGGUACUGCAGGUGGUAGCUCUGGAACGCAACAAACGAUUUUGCUUGCCUUGGGUACGCUCAUUCUCCCUAAUAAUUCCUUUAAAUUUACUCACUAUCUUACUGUCGAGUUUUGGGGCUUAUUUUACUUCAUAA